AACUGUCCACUGACUAAAAGAUCUUCCUCGACACUCAGCCACAAGCGUGACGAGCCCCCAGUGUGUUUUUACUCGGGACUGAGUAAACGAGAAUCUUGUUGUGUAUCAUAAUAUCAUUCAACAAUCAGUAAUCAUAAAUACUUUUUUUUUAAAUUCACUCUCUCUUCUAGUAAAUAUAAAUUCAUACUUUAAUGCAAUUUUUUAUUGAAAACAAGAGAAAUUAAUCGAAAAACAAAAGAAUUAAUAGAAACAAAAAAAAAAAACCGAAAACAUUUUAUCCUAGUUACUAUAAUAAUAUCAAUAAAUUAAUUGAUAUUAUUUAUGUCAGUUAUAUUAUUAUUUGUUUUCAUUUGUAAAAUGUGCUAUAGUGUUAUUAAUAAUAAUUUGUGAUUGUGAUAAAUAGACAAUAAUGGAUAUCAUAGUGAAUAUUUAAAAAAAAAAAAAAUAUUUUAUUUUAUUAUUUAAAAAAGAAAAUAUAUAAAUAAUUAAUUAAAUCUUAUAAUUUUAAAUAAAAAAAAAAAAAAAAAAUUAAUAAAAAUGCAUACAUUUUUUGGUGAAACACAAAAUGCAUAUUACAGACAUGCGUCGGCUGUACCAGUUGGUAUGGGAACACCAUCAUAUCCAGGAGUUGGUGCUGCACCAGGAUAUUAUGAACAAUAUCGUUAUGGUGGUUAUACAACAGCAGCUGGUUAUCAUGUACCUGGUAUUGGUCAACAACAUAUGCAUCAUCCUGGUAAAGAUAUGGUUAAACCACCAUAUUCAUAUAUUGCAUUAAUUGCAAUGGCAAUACAAAAUGCACCAGAUAAAAAAAUAACAUUAAAUGGUAUUUAUCAAUUUAUCAUGGAAAGAUUUCCUUAUUAUAGAGAAAAUAAACAAGGUUGGCAAAAUUCAAUAAGACAUAAUUUAAGUUUAAAUGAAUGUUUUGUUAAAGUACCAAGAGAUGAUAAAAAACCAGGUAAAGGUAGUUAUUGGUCUCUAGAUCCAGAUAGUUAUAAUAUGUUUGAUAAUGGAUCAUAUUUAAGAAGAAGAAGAAGAUUUAAAAAAAAAGAUGCAUUAAAAGAAAAAGAAGAUGCAUUAAAACGUCAAGGUAUUAUAACAGAUAAACGUGAUGAUAUUAAAACUGGAAAUCUGCUGGCAGAUACAACAAAAAAAUUAAAUGGUGUUUUAGAAUGUAAACAACCAAAACGUGAACCAACAACAAAUGAACAAUCAAUAUGUUUAAGUAGUAAUAAUAAUGGUGCAGUUAAUGGUGCAGUUAAUGGUGGAAGUGGUGGUAAUAGUAAUAGUAAUAAUGGUGGUAAUGGUGUUAAUAGUAAUUCUGCUAAUUCAAAUAAUACAGUGUCAAAAUAUUCAAAUAUACAAGAUAAUAAUAAUAAAACAAUAUCAACAACACCAACAACAACAACAACAACACCACCAAGUGUUAUACAAACAAAUCUUGGUCAUCAAGCGACGGGACAUACAUCAGUAACACAUCAAAAUCAUCAAGUACAUCAAGAUGUAUCAAUACCAGAUGUUACAAUGGGUAUGGAUCCAUCAAGUUUUAGUGUUGAUUCACUUAUGACAAAUAGAGAUCAUCAUCAUCAUCAACAACAACAACAACAUCAUCAUUCACAUGGUAUUACAAAUCAUUCAGCUCAUUCACAUGCUAUGUCAGCAGUAACAACAACAACAAAUACAACAACAUCAGCUGCAGCUGCAGCGGCGGCCGCUGCUGCUGCUGCUGCUGCAGCAAUGAUGGCAUCAACUGGUUAUGGACAUGUAACACCAUCAAGAGGUGGUGCUAAUUCAAGUCCUCCUGGUACAUUAUAUUCAACAUAUUGUCCUAGUUCAACUGCUGGUUAUAGUAUUAUGGAUCAUUCUGAUUAUAAUACAAAUGUUAGAAAUCAUAAUGGUGGACAUUCACAAUGGUAUCAAGAAGCAGCAAGUCCAGAUAAUGCAGCUAUGUAUCAAGAUACACAAUCACCUAAUUGUCAACUUUAUAGAUCGAGUCCACCGACCCCCUUGUCCUCUGGUGCAGCACCGUCGCCACCACUCUAUCAUCGUUAUUAUCAAGAUUGCAAUACAGUCAAUACCAGUGGUAAUUUACCAAUAACGUUACACAAGUACUGAGAAUAUCAGUCAUCAAGGUUUCAUCGAAACCUUGAAGAGACAAUAAGCAGCAAUCAUCAUCAUCAUCAACAACAACACAAUUAUGAGCCAAAUUUGGUCUACAUAAAACAAGAGUGGACCUCGCCGGACGAGAUACCAAAAGAAUGGAAUUAAAGAUAUAUAAUUAUUCAGUAUAAAAAAUAAAAACAAAACAUAAAAAACCACUGAUAAAUACUUGAAUCAAGGUCAAGUGUAUAUGUACCAACAACUGUACAAAUUAACAAAAAAAUAUGUAUAUUUAAGUACACUGACCUGGGCUAAGAAUUUCGAAAAAAAAAAAAAAAGAAAUUAAACCUGAAUGCUUUGUGUCAAGUCGAAAGUAAUAAUUUUCCCAUUUAUCAAGUAAACUCAUUGAAUUUUUUUGGGGUUUUUUUUUUUUUUUUCUUUCUGUCUUUUAUAUAUACGCAACAUAUAUAUUAUUUUGAUGCAACUGUGUAAACCGAGACCGAUAUGCAAACAUUCAAGACGAUUCUUUCAUGUCACUUGUUUACCAAUUGUCUGUAAUAAAAAUUGCAAUAUACAAAAAAAAAAAAAAAG